CACUAAUGUUACCUGAUUGCAGUGGGAAAAUCCCAAGAGGCGUGUCACCGAGUUAGGUAUAAAAGAAGUGAGAAAAAGACUCUAUCGACAUCAAACAGUUACAUCCACUUCUACAAGCAACUCCAGCGCAAUCAUGAAAGUCGUGAUCGUUUUAGCGUUUUUGGUGGUUCUGGCGGCAGCCGUUGAAGAAACGCAACAGGUCAAAGGAGACGCAACUCUUUUAGAUUUGCAAACUGCUGAGCAUCGCCACAAGGGAUACAAGGGACGCAAGGGCCGCUCUGUCGCAGAAGAAGCAGCUGACUUGGAAGCCGCUGAACAUGGUCAUAAGAAAUUCAAGGGACGCAAGGGCCGCUCUGUUGGAGGAGAAACUGCCGACUUGGAGGCCGCUGAACAUGGUCACAAGAAAUACAAGGGACGUAAAGGCCGCUCUGUCGAAGGAGAAACAGCCGACUUGGAAGCCGCUGAACAUGGUCACAAGAAAUACAAGGGACGUAAAGGCCGCUCUGUCGAAGGAGAAACAGCCGACUUGGAUGCCGCUGAACAUGGUCAUAAGAAAUUCAAGGGACGCAAAGGCCGCUCUGUCGAAGGAGAAACAGCCGACUUGGAAGCCGCUGAACAUGGUCACAAGAAAUACAAGGGACGCAAGGGCCGCUCUGUCGUAGAAGAAACUGCCGCUGAAGAUCUAGAAACGGCAGAGAAGAAACACAAAGCCUAUCGCGGAGGAUAUGGUGGUCAUGGAGGAUAUGGUGGACACUCUGGAGGAUACGGUGGCUAUGGCGGCCAUUACGGUGGAUACAGAGGUUAAGUUGUGCAGUUGCUCUUGUUAAACGUCCCUUAUAUGUUCUCCGUUAUUACUUUACUAACAUAGUGUGGAAGUGAGUUUGUCUAAAUAACAAUUUGGAAUCAAUGCAUACAUCCUCUCCGUGAAAUCACGAAUACAAUCGAUCGACAUUUUA